AUGACAAAAUACAUAUGGUCCCAUUUAAAAAAUGUGAAUAAUGCCAGUUUGUAUGAAAUCAGUCACGAUAUUUACCUGUUUCCUGGUAAUCAUACCCACCGUGUAACAGCAAGGAACCAAACAGGAAGCUCAGAAUUUCUUCUUAUGGGGUUUUCAGAGUCACUUGAACUGCAGCCCCUCAUAUUUGGGCUUUUCCUCUCCAUGUACCUGAUCACUGUGUUUGGAAACCUGCUCAUCAUCCUGGCCGUCAGCUCAGACUCCCACCUCCACACCCCCAUGUACUUCUUUCUCUCCAACCUGUCCUUUGUAGACAUCUGCCUUACCUCCACCACCAUCCCAAAGAUGCUGAAGAACAUUUGGACACUGAGUAAAGUUAUAACCUACGAAGGCUGCAUUAUUCAGAUGCAGUUUUUCACGCUCUUUAUAGGACUGGACGUCUUCCUCCUGACCGUGAUGGCCUAUGACCGCUUUGUGGCCAUCUGCCACCCCCUGCACUACAUGGUCAUCAUGAGCCCCCGGCUCUGUGCACUGAUGGUGCUGCUGUCCUGGGUCAUCAGCGUCCUGAACUCCUUGUUAGAAAGUUUAAUGAUGUGGAGACUGUCCUUCUGUACAGUCUUAGAAAUUCCCCAUUUUUUCUGUGAACUCAAUCAGAUGAUCCAACUUGCCUGUUCUGACACCUUUCUCAACAAUUUGGAGAUGUAUUUUAAAGCUGUGUUUCUGGCUGGUGGUUCCCUUAUAUGUAUCGUUUACUCUUACUCUAAGAUAGUGUCCUCCAUACAUAAAAUCUCAUCUGCUCAGGGGAAGUAUAAAGCAUUUUCCAGCUGUGCAUCACACCUCUUAGUUGUCUCGAUAUUUUAUUGUACAGGCUUAGGUGUUUAUCUUAGCUUGGCGGGUACUCACAGCUCACACUCAAGUGCAACAGCCUCGGUGAUGUACACUGUGGUCACACCCAUGCUGAACCCCUUCAUCUACAGUCUGAGGAAUAAAGACUUAAAGAAGGGUCUGAGAAAACUCUUUGGAAAGGUGAUUUUAAAAGGUCCUAUUGUCAUAGAUCUUAAGAAGUACCUGUAG